AUGCGAAAACUAAAGAAGAGGCAAGUGAAAACCUCUUUAAAUGCUAAAUUACCUCCUCGAGACAGAGUUGAGAGUGGAGCCAAUGAAGCUGGCUCUACCAAAUGGACUGGGAAACGACCAUUCAAAAGGGAUCGAGUGCGUGUUAGAAACCCUAAAAGUCUCACACAAGACGAGCUUAGAGCUAUGGCUGAAGCAUUGUUCGAAGAAGAACCUGAGGAAGAAGUUAGGGGAGAAGAGGAUGCUAGUUCGUCAGAAGAAGAGGAAGAAAUUACGGAAGACAACGAUUAUAACACUGAGUCGGAGAUAGAACUAAAUGAUAAAGAGUCUUCUGAUUCAGAUAACGAGAGCGAUGGUGAGAGUUUAGAAAGCGAUGAAGAUGAGUAUUUUAUAGCGAAAGAUAAACAAACAAAGUGGUAUAAAAAUUCAGUGUCAUUUACUCUUGAUUUUGACAACACGAUAUAUAGAAUAUUCAUCUCUCAAGACAGCUUAGUUUGCUUUAGAUGCAAGAAGCCAGGUCACAUUGCAUCACAGUGCUCCGAACCACUAGCUCAACUAAACCCCAACCAAAACAAUGAAGCAUCGGUAUCCAGCGCAACAAAUAUAUCUUUGCAAGCACCCAAUGAUACGAACCCUUCUCAAUGUGAACAAAUAUCUAUUUCCAAUGUCCCGGAGAUACCGAACAAAGAAGAUGCAUCAAAUAAGGACAGUCACAUAAUUAAUCAACCAAAACGUAACUUUGAUGAAAAUAUUUCACCUGAAGCAAAAGAAUGUGAAGCACAAAGGGCAGAGCGGCUAUAA